UUUGGAUUUGACAUUCCGUAUACCUAAACUAUAGCGUCAUUAUCCUGUACUAGAAUCAAAUAUUAAUUUAUGACGCUAUGUAAACCCAUUUAUCUGACGAAAUAAGUCACCCGGAAGUAGAAUGUCAGUCGGCUAUCUGUUUCCGCUUUUGACUUGAGUGUCUUGACCCCCAGACUGGCAUUUUUCUUUUCCUGAAAAUCCUUCGAUCUAGUUUUCACACGUGCCAGGGUCUCCCCCCCUCUUUAAGUGUGGUCCCUCAUGGGCGGCUGGUCUAGUAGUGCUGUGCUGGAGCUGUACCGGGCGCUGCUCCGUGCAGGGCGUCACCUUCGGUAUACCGACCGCAACUACUAUCGCCGCGCUUUGGCUCGUGAGUUUCGGCGCUGCCAAACCCUGACGGCACCUGAAGACAAGGAAGAGGCUCUAAAGAGGGGCCAGUUCUUCCUCAGUAGCCGAUUGGGUGGGCUUAUGUAGGGGCAGUUUGAGGGCGAGGAAUUGGUCAUCUGCAAGUAUCUCUCCCAGCUGCAGGAUGGCCGGAGUGAAUGGAGACCGUAAAGGGAAGAAAGAUGACAAUGGCAUCGGCGCAGCCAUCGACUUCAUGCUUUCCAACGCAAAGCUUGUUUUGGGAGUCGGCGGAGCAGCCAUGCUGGGCAUCGCAACGCUUGCUGUCAAAAGAAUGUAUGACCGUGCCAUCAGCGCUCCAACCAGCCCCACCAAGAUGGAGCAGAAAGGAAAACAAAGCUGGGAGGAGCCAGCCUGGGUGGGUUCGUCACCGCGGGUUCUGAACCACGACAUGAAGGCCACCAUUAGCAGGUCGCUUCAGUCCCUGCCCACCGCUUCAAAUUCCUUUGAGCCAGACUAUCUGCGGAGGGCCGUGGGUCGAGCCGCCGUGAAAGGGAGCGGCCCGACUCAGUCCGACCUGCUCCGCGCUCGGAUGCGCCUCUCCCUGCAAGAGCGUCUGUGGGAUUUCUACCAGCACGACGUGGACAUUCCCGCCGAGGAGCAGGCUGUGGCCCGGAAGGCGGCGUUGGACAUCUGCGCCGAGCUCCGAGUGUUCCUCCACGCCAAACUUCCCGACAUGCCGCUCCGAGAGAUGUACCUGAGCGGCAGCCUUUACGAUGACUUGCAGGUGGUGACGGCAGACCACGCGCAGCUGAUGGUGCCUCUAAUUCUGGAGAAAAACCUGUGGUCGUCUAUACCAGGAGAGGACACGAUCAUGAACGUUCCAGGUUUCUGGUUGGUGCGCAGGGAGAAUUUAGAAUAUUUCCCACGGAACAGCAGCUACUGGGACCGCUGCAUGGUGGGAGGUUACCUCUCCCCAAAAUCGGUCCUUGAGGUGUUUGACAAGCUGGUGGGUACGAUCAACUGGCCCGCUAUCGGCAGCGUCCUGGACUACGUGAUUCGUCCUGUGGUCCCGUCCGAAACACUGACCUUGGAGGUGCAGUACGAGACGGACCGAAAGCUUUCUGUGGACUUUUUGCCAUUACUGGUGAUGGAGGACGGGACUUCUCUUAUAGCCAAACCGCAUCGGCUUGCCGCAGAGCGCCACGAAAACCUGUGGCGGCAGAGUUUCAGAGUGGCAGAAACGGCGCGGCUCCGAGCCUUGGAUCAAGAAGAUGGAGGCUACCGAUGCGCCUGCCUCAAAGUGGCCAAGGCCGUGUGCAAGCUCAAUCCCGCUCUCAACCGGCUGAAUGCCAGCCAGCUCACCAACGCCAUCUUGCUGCUUAGUGAAAAGCAAGCCAACUGGACCCACGAGGCACUGGCCGACAACUUCCUACAGCUGGUAAAGGCUCUUGUGGGUUACCUGGAGGCGGGGCGACUGCCCUGCGCCCUCAGCCCAAGAGUGAACUUAUUCUGUGAACUGACUGAACAGGAAGUGGAUGAGCUGGGCUACACGCUCUACUGCGCGCUUUCGGAACCCGAAUUACUUCUGGUGACUGGAGAGACGCAGCUUCCGCAUCUCUCCUAAAAGAUCCGGACAUAUGCGGCACCCACCCAGGCAGUAAUUUGCAUCAGGCUUUAUUGCCCCCCAGGCAUCAUUUUUCAGGAGAAUUACAACAUCUGAUACUGACGUGUGAGAAAAUUGCCCAGUGAAAUUGAUUUUGUCUCAAGAUGGGUCCGACCGACUCUCUUGCGUUCAUCCAAAUAUACUUUUAAUCACAGUUGCCCAUGUCAAGGCCAACCGCGACGGUGUGGCGUUCUGCCGCGUUGUCUAAAUGAAGUUGGUGUAUGUUUCAUGCAUCGUCUCCAAGGUAAAAACUUUCAUUGUAAUAUACAAGAUAUUACUCUGCAUCAGAUCUCGUAGCGCUUUUUUAAAUUGAUUGGACAGUUUUAGUUCACCGGACAAGUCUCAUGCAUUUUAUGAUAGACAUCGUUAUGGAGAUUACCGAUAUGUGACACUUUGUCAAAACAUAGAAUGUAAUGUUGGUUGUCUGUAUGUCAACACAAAAGCUAAUAAAAUACUCCGAAAUUGAUUUGCCAAAAGACUCCGGGUUCCUCCGUUAGGAAAAAAAAAAAAGAUAGUUUUGAUUUAAACGUGGACUAAAAGUUUGGCAAAAAUAUAAUAAAUAAUAAUAAGACAAAUGCAUAACAUGAUGCCGAAUUCAUGUGGAAACUUGUCACGUGUUGCCAACCAGCGAGUAUGUCAAAUGAAGGCGUGCAUGUGAAAGCGAUAAGACCUCAUAAACACAUUUUCAGCGUUGCCAUAAAAAUCACAAUAAAACGACAAAAGCGCGUCGUUUUAUGUCACUCCUCCACUGCUUGGUCACAAGCAGAAACUAUUCCCAUGUGACUGUCUGCGUGUACUGGGCUACUCUUUGUUUCACUCUUAUGAAGAGGACCUUUCUUUUCCACUUCCGCAGCAUCUGAUUCGGUGCAUAUCUUUUUACAAGCCACCUAGGAGAAUGUCAAACUUUGGGACUGACGUCCUACAUGUUAGAGACACUCACAAUUUCUUCCAAGACUUUUAAAGAAGUGUUGGUGUCAGCUUUUUUAUUUAUUUUUUUCUUUGCUAAUCAAAUCUGACACAUGGUGUGAUUCAGAAGCCACACACAUGCUGGCUUUUCAUUUUGUUGUACUGCAUGUCUUUUUUUUUUUUU